AUGGUGGAAGUUACAAGAAACCAAGUGAAGAACUUUAAAACUAUUGAUGCUGCCCAGAAUAGAAUGAAUUGUCUCAUCCACAAGGCUGGGCGCCACCUGCAGCCGGAGACCAAAAGGAAACGGCAUCCUCCAGCCCGUAGCAACGGUUUCUAUGUACAGCGCGACCAGAGAGGACAGCGGGCUCAGGGCCUGUCCGCGAUCCCGGAGCUUCUACAGCCAGCCCGCAGCGAACUAGUGGCCGCCACCGGAGACCUUGCCCCAACACCGGCCAACUUCAGCCCCGAGAAACAAAAGCCGAGCAUCCCUGGGGACGAGGCCGCGGCUCCUCGGCGGCGCUCGGGCGGCUGCCGCCCACACAUCCCCGCCCGGCGCGUCGGCGCGGUGGGCGCGGCCGCGCCGGGGCCCCCAGGUGGGCGGGAGCGGGGACGCCAGGUGUGUGAGGGCGGCCGGCCCCUGGGCGUCCGCUGCCCCGCGCCCGCUCAGCUUCCCAGGGGCCGCGACGAGAGAGGCGCCCCGACGCGGUUCGCCUUCCUCUCGCUCUGGUUCCAGGCGACGCCGGCCCGUCCUCUUCCCGUCGGCGGCUUCCUGGGGCCCUGGGGCCGGCCUCCCUCCGCCAGCCCGGCCUGGGGGAGGUCCGCGGACCGACGAGCGGCCUGGCUGACGCCCCCGGGGAGACCGUCAACCGGCCACCCGCCGACGGCACCUCGGGCAGGACGCGACCGCGCAGCAGCUGACCCUGCGUGGCAAAGUGAGAAAUUUCCUUUAUCGGAAGCCUACGUAACGUUGGCGUCUAAGAACUCAAGAUUUACUGAUGAAACAGAGCUUUUGAAGAUGUCAGAAAGGCAUUCAGGUGAAGCCGGCACUGGAGCAGGAAAUGAGGUCGACUCUCCUAUUGUCAGGCUCAAGUCCUCCAGCUUUGGAGACCUUUGUUCCACAUCUUCUUUUCAAGAUAGUGGCUACAGUGAGCUGUUAAAAUCGUGCAGCUUUGAUAAUACAGAUAAAGAAUUAUUUGGAAAGAAAGAAAGAGGCUCAACAUUGAUCCACGAAUAUCCUGAAACUUCAAGUUUGGCCUUAACUCAUAGUUUAGAGUCUCCCACUCAAAGAAAGAGAUUUGUCUUCCUCAGGAAGGAAAAUGAUAAAACCCCAGACCUUUGUGAAACUCCUAAAGUCAGUGGAAAAAAACAUUUGCUGCGCAGAAGAUUGGACAUAUCUUUCUCUCUUCUAGACAGGGAUGUGGAAUCACAAAGCAGUUCCCUCGAAAGCAGUACAAGCCAAGUUCCCAAUUUAGAAAAAAAUAUUCCAAGCAGUGCUUCAGGUUUUCUAAGGCAAGAUACUUUUAGUUCUUUAGUUACUAGCACUUUGAGAACAGAAGAAGUAACUUCCAGCAGUCAAAAACUGAGACUUAAUUUUUCUCAACAGAAGACUUCCACAGUGGAUGAUUCCAAAGAUGACUGUGGCCUAUUUGAAGUUGAAUGUAUAUCUCCGAUUCAGGGCAGUAAUUUUAAAGACUCUAUCACACAUGACAUCAGUGACAGCAGUCUAUGUAUUAAUAAUGAGAAUACAUAUCCUGAACUUCUGGGCUCUUCUGUUGGUGGAACAAGCUGUAGAACAGAUGAGGACAUAUUUGUGACUCCAAUCAGUAAUCUUUUACCAAGUGUUAAAUUUAAUGCAAGUCGAAGAUUUUCUCCUUCAGCUGGAGUGAGACGCAAUAUUUCGACCCCUGAAGACAGCGGUUUCAACUCACUUUGCUUGGAUAAAUCAGAAGAUCCCCUAUCUGAGCAAGAGGGCUCUUUCCAAGAACUACUUCAGAAACAUAAGGGAACUCUCAAAGUCAGGGACACCAUAAAAAAGUCAAGGCGUCUUGGAAGAUUGAGAAGACUGUCCACCCUUCGGGAGCAAGGCUCACAAUCUGAGACAGAAGAAGAAAACCAGACCUACCUCUCUAGCUCUGAAUCAACACCAGCGACCGCUUCAGACAUUUCAGAGAGCCAACAAAGCAGUGACAAUAAGAGUGAAGAUUUAAGCUUUAAGAAUUUAUCAAAGACCCCAGCCUUGCAAUUAGUGCAUGAGCUUUUUAUGAAAAGCAAAAGGAAAAGAUUCCAGCAAAACGGUGCACAUGAAUUGUUAGAAGAAAGGGACGGGGGGAAAAUAGCUGUACUACAGCGUGUACUUGCAGGACUGAUUGGCAAGAAAAUGGGUAUAGAAAAGCUGGACAUCUUAACAGAAUUAAAGUACAGAAAUCUAAAGCAUGUUCUUGCUAUGGUUUUAGAUUCCUUGACUGCAGAAAGCCUAUGUAGUGUUUGGAAAGUGAGCAGAAAUUGGCGCGAAAUUAUUGUUCAAGAUAAAAAAGCAAAUCGAAGGAGGAAAUUACAUAUCACACAACUGAAAACAAAUUCUGAGGGAGCUGUAUUAAAUGUUGAGGAUGCCGCCACUCGGCUCCAUCUGUUAAAUCGAUCAGCUUUAAGGUCUGUGCAAGCACAGGCUAGGACACCAGGUUUUCAGAAAGAACAAGCUUCAACAUUUUCUCCUUGGGGAGAAGUUUUGACACCUAUAGCAAGCUCUUCUGUUACUCACUUAAGUAGUAGUAAACAGGAAGAAUAUGUCAAGGUUGCCAAAACACUUUUUAUUGAUGAAGCGUUAAAACCUUGCCCAAGGUGCCAGUCCCCUGCUAAGUACCAGCCUUAUAAGAAAAGGGGGCUAUGUAGCCGCACAGCCUGUGGCUUUGACUUUUGUGUGCUAUGUUUGUGUGCUUAUCAUGGGUCUGAAGAAUGUAGUAGAGGAGCAGCAAAGCCAAGAAAUAGAAAAGAUGUUCUUCCAGGAAGUGCCCAGAGUAAGCGGAAUUUAAAACGCCUCUAA